UUUGCCCUCUCUGCCAGGUGAACGGCUCGGCCAGAAGUUGGCCGAUCCGGGGCCCAAGUCUGAGGGUGGGACACCAGCCCUCCUCUGACUCGCAGCUGGGAGUCCCUGGCCGGCGCCAGCUGCACUCGCCGCGGCUGCUCCGCACCUGCUCUGGUGUUCGCCCCAGCUGUGAGGCUGAGUCUCCCCAGUCCCGGAGGGCACCCCACACCUGCUGCGGCCUCGCCGUCUACCUGCAGCUGCGGGCCUACACCCCAGCGGAGAGGCAGGAGCCGGCGUUCCCAGGGACCCCUGAAGCCCUGCUCUCCGCGUCUCUGCGAGAGUACAUUGGGAGGAGAGCGGGACUGCGCGGGGUUUCUGUGCGAUGCCCACCGGUCUCCCCUCCUUUGGGAAAGGAAGACCUUCCUAACGCUGUGGCUCCAUUUCCCAGCUUGGGGUCUCUUUCCCAAAGACGUUUGAGAGUGCCAUGCAGCUGGGGCGGACACUGAGCUGUCAGAGCGACCCUUCUGAGGAAUGAUAUUGUUUCUUCCCCCCAGGAGCAGCAGCCUUUCCCUCGCUUCCUCCAGUACUCUACCUUCGAAAGGCUACUGAGCAUAGAAUCAGGCUUAAGGCACAGAAGUUUAGUUGGAUUUUCAUCGACUGCUGGGCUGUGGUCCCUGAGGCCUGGUCAGUAGAGACCUCAUCUCUGUAGGCAAGGGAGGGAUUCAGUUUUGGAUUUCUCCGUGACAUCUGCCCUGCCCAACCCUUAGACGGAAGAGCCAGGGUCCAGCCAUACUUCAAUGGACCCCAGGGGCAUCUUGAAAGCAUUUCCCAAGAGAAAGAAAAUAAAUGCCAAUCUGCCAUCAAACGCACCUGCAAAGAUUCCCAAGAGACAAGAGGGAGAAGAAUCAGGAGAAUGGCUGAGCUCCCUGCGUGUCCACGUUGUGCCCACUGGCAUUGGACGGACCCGGGCAGAACUCUUUGAGAAGCAGAUUAUCCAGCACGGUGGCCAGAUAUGCCCUGCCCAGGCCCCAGGGGUCACUCACAUUGUGGUGGAUGAAGCCAUGGACUGUGAGCGGGCCCUCCGCCUUCUCAGACUGCCUUGGCUCCCCCCGGGUACUCAGCUGGUGAAGUCGGCCUGGCUGAGCUUGUGCUUGCAAGAGAGAAGGCUGGUGGACACAGCCAGCUUCAGCAUCCUCAUCCCCAACAGGAACUUGGACCAACCACAGCCCACCAAGGCAGAGCAAGACUCUUCUGCUCCUCCUGGUUCCCAUGAGGUUCUGCUGAAGACAGCCUUCUCUUCUCUCAGUGGAGCUGUGUCUCCUCCCCAAAAGGCAGAAGAGGCAUCAAGUACCCAAGCUCAGCCCAGCUCCAAUGAUGAAACCAGUGAUGUGGAAGGGCCCCAGGUUAGCGCAGCUGAUCUGGAAGCACUGAUCAGCGGCAACUACCCCACUCCACCUGAGGAAAACAGUGGGCCCGGCCCAGCCCCAGAGGCCCUGGACAAGUGGGUCUGUGCACAGCCCUCCAGCCAGAAGGUGACCAACCACAAUCUGCACAUCACAGAGAAGCUGGAAGUGCUGGUCAAUGCCUACAGUGUUCAGGGAGACAAAUGGAGGGCACUGGGUUACACCAAAGCCAUCAGUGCCCUCAAGAGCUUCCACAAGCCUGUCAGCUCCUACCAGGAAGCCUGCAGCAUCCCUGGGGUUGGGAAGCGGAUGGCUGAGAAGAUCAUGGAGAUCCUGGAGAGUGGGCAUUUGCGGAAGCUAGACCACAUCAGCGAGAGUGUGCCCAUUUUAGAACUCUUCUCCAACAUCUGGGGAGCCGGCACCAAGACUGCCCAGAUGUGGUACCAUCAGGGCUUCCGGAGCCUGGAAGACAUUCGCAACCAGGCCUCCCUGACUGACCAGCAGGCCAUUGGCCUGAAGCAUUACAGUGACUUCCUGGAACGCAUGCCCAGAGAGGAAGCUGCAGAGAUCGAGCAGACAGUCCGGGUGGCAGCCCAGGCCCUCAGUCCUGGACUGUGGUGUGUGGCGUGCGGCUCCUACCGGCGGGGGAAGCUGACCUGCGGAGACGUGGACGUGCUCGUCACUCACCCAGAUGGUCGGUCCCACCGGGGCAUCUUCAGUCGCCUCCUGGACAAACUUAGGCAGCAAGGGUUCCUCACGGACGACCUGCUGAGCCAGGAAGACCACUGCCAGCAACAGAAGUACCUGGGCGUGUGCCAGCUCCCGGGGCCAGGGCGUCGGCACCGCCGCCUGGACAUCAUCGUGGUGCCCUACAGCCAGUUUGCCUGCGCCCUGCUCUACUUCACUGGCUCUGCCCACUUCAACCGCUCCAUGCGGGCUCUGGCCAAGACGAAGAGCAUGAGCCUGUCAGAGCACGCCCUCUGCACGGCCGUGGUCCGAGACACGCAAGGCUCUAAGCUGGGGCCUGGCCACGUGCUGCCCACCCCCACGGAGAAGGAUGUCUUCUGGCUCCUGGGCCUGCCCUACCGGGAGCCAGCUGAGCGGGACUGGUGACAGGGCUGCACGGGCACACAAACACCCCUGCCCAGAACCCCUCCAGCCUCAGCUGGCCGGGCCUCCCUGCUUCAGCCAGCAGUUGUGCUUGGGGGGCAGUCAGGCUCUCCUGCCUCGCUGGUUCCCCAGCAGAGUCCUGUACGCUUCUAGGUCCGGGCAGCAGCCCAGGCCUUGCACGCAGCCCCUGGUGCCCAGUUAGGCCGGAAUGGGGGCUGGUUUGAAGCCAGCUUCUUGUCCAUCCCCUUCCCACCCUGAGAAAGGUACAGCUGCCGGGGAAGAAGGAAGCAGCUGUGGUCCAGCAUCAGCCAAGACCCUUCGGAGGGCCCACACAAGCUCCCUGCAUUCAGCGGCUUCCUCUGCAGCUAGAGAUGCUGGAAAGCGGGUGCCCCGGGCUCUGGGAGGGUGGUGUCUGCAGGCCCAGGGGCCCAGUAAAGUGCACUGGACACUCA